GACCAGACCACGGUGCGCGACGGCGAUAACGAACAGGAAGGAAAUCAGAGACGAGCUGAAGAAGGAAUUUCGCAGGGAGCGAACGGACGGAGCUCGGGGCGCUCGCGAGGAAGAAGGAUCGACGAUGAUCUCUCAGUUCUUCGUGCUCUCGCAGCGGGGCGACAACAUAGUCUUCCGCGACUAUCGCGGGGAAGUGCAGAAGGGGAGCACCGAGACGUUCUUUCGGAAGGUGAAGUUCUGGAAAGAGGAUGGGCAAGAAGAGGCGCAAGCGCCACCUGUCUUUAAUGUGGACGGUGUAAACUACUUUCACGUGAAGGUGGCCGGCUUAUUGUUUGUCGCAACCACGAGGGUCAAUGUAUCUCCUUCUCUUGUCUUGGAGCUCCUCCAGAGGAUUGCACGUGUCAUCAAGGAUUACCUCGGUGUUCUUAGCGAGGAUUCGCUGCGGAAAAACUUUGUGCUUGUUUACGAGUUGCUUGAUGAGGUCAUUGAUUUUGGUUAUGUACAAACAACAUCGACUGAAGUACUGAAAUCCUAUAUAUUUAAUGAGCCAAUUGCUGUGGAUGCUGCUCGUCUGCCUCCUCUUGGUCCAGCUGCCAUUUUCAUGCAAGGAAGUAAAAGGAUGCCAGGGACGGCUGUGACAAAAUCGGUUAUUGCAAAUGAGCCUGCUGGAAGGAAGAGGGAGGAAAUUUUCGUGGAUAUUAUUGAAAAGAUCAGCGUCACUUUCAGCUCUAGUGGAUAUAUACUGACUUCUGAGAUCGAUGGAACCAUUCAAAUGAAGAGUUAUCUAUCUGGAAAUCCGGAGAUUCGAGUGGCUUUGAACGAGGAGUUGAAUAUUGGAAGAGGCGGGAGAUCAUUAUAUGAUUACAGAAGUUCAGCAGGUUCUGGAGCGGUUGUUCUAGACGAUUGUAAUUUUCAUGAAUCUGUGCGCCUCGACAGCUUUGACAUGGAUCGGACUCUAACUCUGGUACCGCCAGAUGGUGAAUUUCCUGUCAUGAACUAUCGUAUGACCCAGGAAUUCAGGCCUCCAUUUCGCGUAACCGCAUUGAUUGAAGAAGCAGGUAAUCUCAAGGCUGAAGUAAUUAUUAAAGUACGUGCUGAGUUCUCUUCAAGUAUUACCGCAAAUACAAUUGUUGUACAGAUGCCUCUUCCAAAAUAUACUACCAGAGCUACUUUUGAGCUGGAACCUGGAGCAGUUGGGCAAACUGCAGAUUUGAGAGAAGUGAGCAAGAAACUUGAAUGGAGUUUGAAAAAGAUUGUUGGUGGAUCAGAAAACACGCUGCGUGCCAAGCUAAGUUUUUCUCAAGAAUCCCAUGGAAAUAUCACGAAGGAAUCUGGACCAGUUAGCAUGACUUUCACCAUUCCUAUGUAUAAUGCUUCAGGGCUUCAGGUGAAAUACUUGCAAAUUGCAAAGAAGUCCAGUAAUUAUAAUCCUUAUCGGUGGGUGAGAUACGUCACUCAAGCUAAUUCCUAUGUGGCUCGAAUGUGAGGUUAUUGAGCUUCUUUCUGCCAGAACUUUACAUUUUUGUUUUUUUGCUUUCCCUUUCACUGUAUGUGAUUCCAUCUCUUUGAUCAUCCUCUCAGUGUUUUCUCUUUUUAAUUUUAAAGUAUGAUCAAUCUUCUCAGAAGAGUGAACUUUUGCUUACUUUUAUGGGUAUCAAUCAAUAUCAGCCUUUUGGAAGAAGGAUGGAUUUAACGAAUUGUGUUUAACUGAAUUUUUGAGGUGUUUCUUAUGUUGCGAGUUGUAUAUGUUGAAUCUCAUGUCCACUGAGAUACAUGAAAUGAAAAAAAGAAAGAAAAACCAAGUAGAGAAAAAGGACAUUUCGUGCACGAGAGGAUGACUUCCGCAUUGCACAGUUUAAUCAGUAAAAAAAGCCUGAAGUAUUGGCUUGACAUCCAAAUUGAACUUAAACACAACUCCAAUCUUCAAGAGGUCUCAAGUCAAAAGCAACAGAGAUGGCUUGUUACAAGAAAUUCAUUCUGUUUCCUCUCUUGCUUCUCACUCUAUCCUUAAUAAUUGGUGAUGGAGUCCUUGCUUCCCGUCACCUUCUUGAUGCAGGCUUGCCCAAUAUUCCUGAGCUUCCCAAGCCUGAGCUACCUCCUAUUCCCACAAUCCCAACCUUGCCAAGCCGGAGUUACCACCUCUGCCAAAACCUGAAGUCCCAACCUUACCAAAGCCCGAGUUGCCUCCACCGCCAAAGCCCAAGGUCCCAAAGCUGCAUGAAAUACCAGUUGUUCCUGAGUUGCCAAAGCUCAGCUUGCCCACCAUCCCUUAGCUCCCAAAAGAUUUACCCACCAUCCCUUCUCUUUUCCCGCCCCACUCAUCCAGUCCUUGAGCAAGCAAUCUCCUCAGUUUGACAUCACUUCACUUGUUAUUAUUUAGUAGGUAAUACUUAUAUUAUGUGGAUACAGGUUAUUGUGUCUGUCUUGAGGUUAUUGUGAGGGGAAUGUAGUUCUGCUAUCUCCACCCAUUUGAGUUUUCUAUGCUGCACUAGCUAUUUCCUGUGUUUCUCUGAUUGUCUGUGGAGUUAUUGUUAUUCUUCUUUACUUAUGUGAGGUUUGAUAUUCUGUUGUUCCUAUAAUUUGUCUUUCCAAUGAAUGGCAGAUAUUGUCGUUUUGUUUAUGUCUCAUGCUCUUGAAGUGAACGGCAUAUCACGUAUGUGAAUGUUGGACUGGGAGAUACCAUGCCUUCUGCUUAGAUGACCUUGUUAUGAUAUUGCUUUGUGAAUAACACCGAGCAUGGGAGGCCAACUCAAUCCAUACUUUGCAAUGAAGAGACACUUGCUGGUUUUGUGAAGCGUGUUCAACCAGAGCAAUACGCAAGUUAAGUUUAAAACGUCGGAAGAUUAUUGGCUA